ACAGCCUGCAUCCGGAUGUGACGAGAUUGUUACUGCAUUAUGCUCAGUGGGGAAUAUUUGAAGCCACAAUAUUGCGGAGGAUAACGGAACCAUGGACAGGAUGUGUUGACAUGGUCGUCUUCAUUGGAUUCAAGCUUCCCUGGCCUGCUCUGGAUACAGUGAUGCAGCACUGAAUGGACCUCUCGUGCCACCUGCAGAGUGACAGCAUCCAAGAAACACCCACCAACAAUCUGGAGAGUUAUCUGCAGCCAACCAACUGAGGGUUGAGAAAGACACACAAGACACAGCAAGGAAGUAAAACGAGGAAAGAUAAGAAUUCUGAGUUAUAGAGCUGGCGUGAAAGAAGACAGGAGGAUAAAGAGAGAAGGGGUGAGUUGUGGAGCUGCCUGAGUGCUGCAGUGUGGAGGUUGGAGGUCAUGGUGGGGCGGGGCCUGUGGGUGUGUAAGCCCCGUUUUGGUAAGCGGGGGCGGUUCGGGGUGGUGCCUGCUCUCUGUGUGCUGAUAGUCAGUGCUGCCCUGCUAGCUCUGCUCUUCGUGGACUCCAUUGAGUCAUGGGCCACCUCCAUGAACAUGAACACAAUGGUAGAGGCGCAGGGGGGGAUCAUACUCCCACAAAGUGUCCCCCCAACUAGACCCGAGGAGUACCUCCUUAUGCCCAGCCCUCUCGUCUGCCAGCGUGCCAAACCCUACCUCAUCGCCAUGGUGACCUCCGCCCCAGCCAAUCAGAUGGCCCGCCAGGCCAUCAGGGACACGUGGGGUGGGGAGGUGGAGGUCAGGGGUCAUAGGGUCAUGACCUUGUUCAUGGUCGGGGUGGCCUCUGACCCUGGGCUAGCCAAGCUGCUGAUAGAGGAGGCCCGGGAACGAGGGGACCUGAUCCAAGGGCGCUUCUGGGACUCCUACUCUAACCUGACCCUGAAGACCCUCUCCAUGCUGAACUGGGCCCGACACUUCUGCCCCCAGGCCCACUUCCUGGCCAAGGUGGACGAUGACGUCCUGUUCAACCCCGGGGCCCUGCUGCGCUACCUGAACAGGAGCACCAUGACCAACACCUACGAGCAUGGGGACCUGUACCUUGGCCGGGUCCACCUUCACGUGGCUCCAGACCGAGACCCAGACAGUAAGCACUACCUCCCUAGAGGGGCAUACCCUGCAUCUGUCUUCCCUGACUACUGCAGUGGCACUGCCUACAUCCUCUCUCGCUCCACCCUGCUCAAGAUCUCCUUGACUGCCGCUGCCUCACCUCUGCCCACCCCUCUGCCCCCUGAGGACGUGUUUGUGGGUCUGUGUGCCCGUGCGGCUGGAGUGCUGCCCUCCCACUGCCCGCUGUUCUCUGGUGGGCCCGCAGUGCCCUACGGGCGCUGCUGCUACCAGGCCAUGGUGUCCAUCCACCACAUCUCCCCCAGAGAGAUGCUCCGGUUUUGGGCUGACAUCCACUCCCCUCCCCCCUGCUCCUGGCUGGGCCUGCGCGCCUCCCUAGGGGUCUGUAAAGUCCGGGCCAUGCUGGGGACCUUUCUGGGGGUGGAUCAGGGGCUGUGAGGGGGGUGUUGCCCUCGUGGAUAGGAAACUAUUGUGUUUUGGGGGCUGUGCCUCUGCCAGGAUUUCAAUACUGUGAAUAGCACAAGUGCUCUAUUUCAUUGGGAAUGGUAAGGAAUCACUGUGCACUAUGAAAAUGUGCUUUUAUUUUUAUAGCUUUUUAGGACUAUUUGAAUGUAUUUUAUGUUAUGUUAUAAUGCUGGCAUUUUGUCAAAGCUGAAGGAAUAUGAAUCAGUAGUUGAAGGGAAUUAGUGUGAAGAUAUAUUUAAGACUGCUAGAACACACACAGACACAUACUGUAGACCAGUGUUUCCCAACUCCAGUCCUCCAGGACCCCCAACAGUACACAUUUUAGUUGUAGCCCCGGGCAAGCACACCUGAUUUAACUUGUCAAUUAAUCAUCAAGCCCUCAUUGAGUUGAAUCAGGUGAGUUUGUCUGGUGCUACAACUAAAAUGUGUACUGUUGGGGGUCCUGGAGGACUGGAGUUGGGAAACACUGCUGUAGAUAUGUAAAUAUUACUGACCAGGAAACACAUAACCUACAGGAUAUUUGCCAUUAAUGUAAGAAUUUAGAGUAAUGUUAUUAAUGCAUAAUGGAAUGUUCUACUAAUUAAAAUAUAAUUUUAUUUUUCACAUCCGCUUAAUACAACAGGUAUAGACCUGACAGUAAAAUGCUUACUUACAAGCCCUUAACCAACAAUGCAGUUUUAAGAAAAAUACCUGUUAAGUAAAAAAUAGAUAAAGUAAAAAAUAAGAAAUAAAAGUAACAAUUAAAGAGCAGCAGUAAAUAAUAAUAGCAAGGCUAUAUACAGGGGGUACCGGUACAGAGUCAAUGGUUAGUCGAGGUAAUUGAGGUAAUAUGUACAUGUAGGUAGAGUUAAAGUGACUAUACAUAAAUAAUAAACAGAGAAUAGCAGCAGUGUAAAAAGGGGGGGGGGGGGGGCAAUGCAAAUAGUCUGGGUAGCCAUUUGAUAAGCUGUUCAGGAGUCUUAUGGCUUAGAGGUAGAAGCUGUUGAGAAACCUUUUGCACCUAGACUUGGUACCGCUUGCCGUGCGGUAGCAGAGAGAACAGUCUAUCACUAGGGUGGCUGGAGUCUAUACCACUGCCUGGUAUAGAGGUCCUGGAUGUCAGGAAGAUUGGUCCCAGUGAUGUACUGGGCCGUGCGCACUACCCUCUGUCGUGCCUUGUGGUUGGAGGUGAAGCAGUUGCCGUACCAGGCAGUGAUGUAAUCAGUCAGGAUGCUUUCAAUGGUGCAGCUGUAGAACUUUUUGAGGAUCUGAGGACCCAUGCCAAAUCUUUUCAGUCUCCUGAGGGGGAAUAGGUUUUGUCGUGACCUCUUCACGACUGUCUUGGUGUGCUUUGACCAUGAUAGUUUGUUGUUGAUGUGGACACCAAGGAACUUGAAGCUCUCGACCUGCUCCACUACAGCUCCGUCGAUGUGAAUGGGGGCGUGCUCGGUGCUCCUUUUCCUGUAGUCCACAAUCAUCUCGUUUGACUUGAUCAUGUUGAGGGAGAGGUUGUUGUGUUGGCCAUGUCGGUAAUAUGUAUGUACAUGUAGGUAGAGUUAAAGUGACUAUGCCGGGUGACUAUGCCAGGUCUCUGACCUCCUCCCUGUAGGCUGUCUCAUCAUUGUCGGUGAUCAGGCCUACCACUGUUGUGUCAUCAGCAAACUUAAUGAUGGUGUUGGAGUCAUGCCUUUCCAUGCAGUCAUGAGAUGAGUGAACAGGGAGUACAGGAGGGUACUGGCCCCCAUGUUGAGGAUCAGCGUGGCGGAAGUGUUGUUACCUACUCUUACCACCUGGGGGCGGCCCGUCAGGAAGUCCAGGAUCCAGUUGCAGAGGGAGGUGUUUAGUCCCAGGAUCCUUAGCUUAGUGAUGAGCUUUGUGGGCACUAUGGUGUUGAACGCUGAGCUGUAGUCAAUGCAUAACAUUCUCACAUAUGUGUUCCUUUUGUCCAGGUGAGAAAGGGCAGUGUGGAAUGCAAUAGAGAUUUUAUCAUCUGUGGAUCUGUUGGGGCGGUAUGCAAAUUGGAGUGGGUCUAGGGUCUCUGGGAUAAUGGUGUUGAUGUGGGCCAUGACCAGCCUUUCAAAGUACUUUAUGGCUACAGACGUGAGUGCUACAAGUCAGUAGUCAUUUAGGCAGGUUACCUUAGUGUUCUUGGGCACAGGCACUAUGGUGGUCUGCUUGAGACAUGUUGGUAUUACAGACUCGGUCAGGGACAGGUAGAAAAUGUCAGUGAAGACACUUGCCAGUUGGUCAGCGCAUGCUCGGAGUACAGGUCCUGGUAAUCUGUCCGGGCCUGCGGCCUUGUGAAUGUUGACCUGUUUAAAGGUCUUACUCACAUCGGCUACGGAGAGCGUUAUCACACAGUCGUCCGGAACACCAGAGUUGCUUGCCUCGAAACGAGCGUAGAAGUAAUUUAGCUCGUCUGGUAGGCUCGUUUCACUUGGCAGCUUGUGGCUGUGCUUCCCUUUGUAGUCUGUAAUAGUUUACAAGCCCUGCCACAAGACAAGCAUAAGGUAAUCAGCUUACUGUAAGACUGAAACAACCUGCAAAAGGACUUAGUAUAUAGUCUCUUCUGUAUAGCUACUAUGUAAGAUUACUUACUGCCUAAGUAGACUCAAGCUGCUUUCUGAAAAAAAAGUUAUGAAAAAUUAGCACUAAAGAUGCAUGAAGUUGCCAAAAUGCAACUAACUCUUGCUUCCACUUUAAUAAUAUGGUGAAAAUGUAAAUGAUGGUUUCUCUCUUCCCCCACCCACUCCAGAUCACUCCAGUAGUACCAAGCAUUUUCUCGAUUAUGUAUUCAGCUGAAAUGUCAAUCAAAACAAGUGGUUUUCUUUCAUUGUUUCCUCUCAUCGACUCCUGUCCUUCAUCUGAACUGAAUUCUGAAUAGAUGAUUUGCUUUCAUCUGUGCAGUUCUAUAGAUAAACUUGAAGGAACAAAGGAAGAAACAGAGGCAGAGGGAGCACCUCAGUACACAGUCAGCCCGUCUUCCCUGGUGGUUCAACCGCUAUGGUCAGUCAGCAGCACUCAAGACAUGAAGAAGACCAGAUGAGAUGGACUGCCAUAGGCGAACACAUACACACACAAACACACAGAUGCAGUAUUUAUAACCCCGCUUCAAUAACUUAUGUAACUGUCAUGUUUAGCAAGUAGAGUGUGAAUAAAAGACAUGCAUUGGUUUUUCUGGGCUGGGAGGGUAAUGAUUUGUCUGACCCAGAGAGGGAUUCAGUCCACUGCUGCAGAGGGCUCUUCUGUAGUCAAGAGGGUUGCGUUUACACAGGCAGCCUAAUUCUGAUAUUUUUCCCACUAAUUGGUCUUUUGACCAAAUGUAUAUCUUUUUACAUCAGAUCUUUUUCAGAGUUGAUCUGAUUAGUCAAAAAAACUAUUAGUGAGAGAGAAAAAAUCUGAAUUGGGCUGCCUGUGUAAAUGCAGCUGAGGAGAUCCAAUACAAAUUAAAAUGCAGUUUUCAACAUUAUUUAUGAGUGUAUGUUGUAGACAAAGGGACAUCUCUUGGAUUUUUGGGGGGGAUGUAUUAUUGGGGAGUGUUUCCAAUAACCUUUUCAAUACUAACGUGAGAAGUGAACUGAAACAUUGUAAUUCGCAUUGUUUGAACAAAGACAGAUCCGGGUAGCCAUGUAUGUUCUUCCUCCUCCCUCACCUAGAAUGAAUAUUGAGUAUUCUAUUCUGUGAAGAUGUAUUAGUAUGAAGGAUGUGUGAAUGUACUCAGAAAAUGUGUGUGUGCAAGAAUGGAUUGAUAAAUAAUAAAGCCCUCAAUCAUA